CCCAUCUCUUCUCUUCCCCCUUCCCACCGCCCUCGACGUGUCCCUCUUCCCUCGUCGUCCUCCACGAUAGCGCUCAAGUGCCGGCUACUACGAUGCUCGGCGACGAACACGACACCAUGAUGCUCUCUCCAGCUGACCAUGGCACCUCAUACUUGAAGGGUACAAGUGAUGUUGGCGAGAAUAUGGACAUCGACUCCGACUCCGACAGUUACAACAGGGACGCAGACGCAGACGCGGACGCGGAGGGUGAGGAAGAGGAUCCCACUCCGCCCACCUAUCAGUCUCGAGCAGGCUCGACCACCUAUGCCAGGAGCGCGACCAAGGCUGAGGAAUUGUCGGACUUCGAUGAUCCUGCUGACGACGAAGAAGAAGACGAGGAUGACGGGUCCUACGCUGAUGAAGAGUACGGAGCGAAGAAACAGCCCAAGAAGAAAAAGAAGCAACCACCUGCCAUGAAACCCCGAGUUGUGACGCGCCACGAAUCUUCUGACUCUGAUUCUGACUACGGGUCGCGGUCGAAGAAGAAGAAGCGGCCCAGGGUAUCUGAAGAAGUCCGGAUUUCCAGUCGGGGCAACAGGAUCCCUAACUACAUCGACGAUGUUCAGGACUAUGCUCAGUACGACGAAGACGACGCAGAAACGUACAAGGGCGAGGCAAGUGGCCAGUACCAGGAAGAAGACGAGAUUGAAGCCGUCCUCGGGCAUUCUCGAGAAGAAGGUCGCGAGGACGACCCUGAAGAUCUUUGGUACGAUAACAUUCGUUAUCAUAUCAAGUGGAAGAAUUUUUCCCACUUGCACAAUACCGAUGAGACGUACGAGUUUCUCAAGCGCUACAGAGGUCUCAAGAGAGUGGAUAACUAUAUCAAGCAGUACAAGCAGUAUCAGCAGAGACUCGAGACACCAGGUCUAUCGAGAGAGGAUGCUGAAGCUCUCAUGCUCGACCGCGAACGGAACAAGGAAGAGAUCGAGACUUACAAGAUCCCCGAACGCAUAGUCGCUCAGCGCCAGAAGGAAAGGACCAUCGAGUAUUUCGUGAAGUGGACCGGACUCAACUAUGAACACUGCACUUGGGAAUCGCACGAUACUAUUCGCAACAUCGCCCCCGAUAAGAUUGAAGCCUACCGAAAGAGGGAGGAAGAGGCUCUAUUCCCGUAUAAGAGCGUCGUGUACGCACGCGACAGGCGACCUCACUAUGACAGGCUGGAGAAGCAGCCGGAUUACAUUACGGCGACCGGCGGAGAGUUGAAAGACUUCCAGCUGACGGGGCUUAAUUGGCUCGCCUACCUCUGGAGCAAGGGGGAGAAUGGUAUUCUUGCAGAUGAGAUGGGUCUCGGCAAGACUGUCCAAACCGUAUCGUUUGUUUCCUGGUUAUUCCACUCCAUGCAGCAAUAUGGGCCUUUCCUGGUCAUAGUCCCUCUAUCGACCAUCACUUCAUGGCAGCACCAGUUUGCCACUUGGGCCCCUGAUCUGAACGUCAUCACGUACAUUGGUACGGCUGCAGCUCGAGAAGUCAUCAGGACAUAUGAAUUCGGGCCCUCGAAUAAGAAGUUGAAAAUGAAUGUGCUUCUUACGACUUACGAAUUGACACUGCGUGAUGCGAAGGAACUUGGCGAGAUCAAGUGGCAACUGCUGGCCGUCGACGAGGCACACCGCUUGAAGAACUCGGAAAGCCAGUUGUAUGAAGCAUUGAGAACAUUUCCGGCGGCGGCAAAACUGCUCAUUACAGGUACACCACUGCAAAACAAUGUCAAAGAACUCUUGUCGCUGAUGCACUUCCUCAUGCCUGAGAGAUUUGCCUUGACCAAUGAGUUCGACCUGAAUGACGAGGAUCACGAGGCAAAGAUCCAGGAGUUGCACAAGCAGUUGGAAUCGCUGAUGCUGCGGCGCCUCAAGAAAGACGUCCUGUCGUCCUUGCCGACGAAGAGCGAGCGUAUUCUGCGGGUGGAAAUGUCUGCAUUGCAGACGCAUUUCUAUAAGAAUAUCUUGACAAAGAACUUCCAAGGCCUUGUCAAGAGUUCACAUGGUAAUACCAAUAUCAGUCUUCUCAAUAUCGCUAUGGAGUUGAAGAAAGCCGCAAAUCAUCCGUACUUGUUUGAGGGCGCCGAGCCGCAGACCGAUAACGCGGAGGAGACACUGAAGGGACUUAUCAUGAGCAGCGGUAAGAUGGUGCUGCUCGAUAAAUUGUUGCACAGGCUUCGUCAAGACGGGCAUCGCGUUUUGAUAUUCAGUCAGAUGGUCCGAAUGCUGGAUAUCCUCAGCGAUUAUAUGAGUUUGCGCGGCUAUCAGCACCAGCGUCUUGACGGCAUGGUCUCCUCGGACGCUAGAAAAAAGUCCAUUGCGCACUUCAACGCGCCAAAUUCGCCAGACUUUGCCUUCCUACUUUCAACGCGUGCUGGCGGCCUGGGUAUCAACUUGGAGACUGCGGAUACUGUGAUCAUAUUCGAUAGCGACUGGAAUCCGCAGAACGACCUGCAAGCCAUGGCGCGUGCUCAUCGUAUCGGUCAGAAGUCGCAUGUCAACGUCUACCGAUUCGUAAGUAAGGACACAAUGGAAGAGGACGUCCUGGAGCGGGCAAAGAAGAAGAUGGUGCUGGAGUAUGCCAUUAUCAACCAGAUGGAUACAUCUCAAGCACAUCUUAGCGGGAGGGCUCCAACCAAAGACAGUACGAAGCCCGACAACCUGAGCAAGGAAGAACUUACCGCCGUCCUGAAGUAUGGUGCGCAGAAAAUGUUCGACAAGGAUGAUACAACUCAGAACAAGAAGCUUGAUGAGAUGGACCUUGACGACAUAUUGAACCGUGCCGAAGACCAUGAAACCAUCGCAACAGGGUCAGGCGGAGGCACCUCCUUAGGAGGUGAAGGUUUCCUUGCGUCAUUUGCUGCGGUCAGCGAUGUCAAGAACGACAUGAGCUGGGAAGAUAUCAUACCUCUUGAAGAGCGCCAAAGGUUUGAGAAAGAGGAAGAAGAACGGAAGGCGGAAGAGCUGACAGCUCAAGAGUUGAAGGAUCGGAAACGUGCGCAGCCAGUAUCUUAUGAGGGUAUGGACAUCGAUCACCCCGCGCCCAAUCCUGCGCCGAAGAAGAAGGCGGCCGGGCCAGUCAGGAAGAGCGCAAGCCAGAAGGCCAUGGAGCUCAAGGAGCGAGACCUGCGUGUAUUGGUCAGAAGCUUGCAGCGUUGGGGCGACAUCCGGACGCGAUACGAUAUCAUAGUACAAGAGGCCAAGCUUCAGAAUAAGGACAGGGGAAUGAUUUACGAUGUCUCGGACGACAUCGUAGACAUCUGUCAACGUGCCGUUGACGAGAACAACGCACAGAAGCGAGCGCGCAUCGAGGCUGGCGAGACGCUGACAAAUGCACAGAAGAGCAAGGCCGUCCUCGUCCAAUAUCGCAACGUUGGGAAUAUCAAUGCAGAGACUGUAGUCUCGCGGACACGGGACCUCAAGAUUCUCUACGACUACAUGCAGCGUCAAGAGAACGUCUACGACUGGGAACUUCCUGUCGAGAAUAUCAGACCUGUACUGAACUGGUCCGGGCGUUGGGGACCCAAGGAAGACGCCAUGCUCCUAGUUGGCGCUUACCUCUACGGUUUCGGUAAUUGGGAGGCUAUGGCUAAGGACCCGCAGCUUGGCUUGGAAGGCAAAUUCUUCUUGGAGGAGACAAAGAAGGGCGAUGAUCAGGCUGGCAGACCAAUCCCCAACGCUAUACAUCUCGUCCGACGAGGAGACUUCCUGCUCGGUGUCCUCAGAGAAUAUGACGAGAAGCUCCGGACGAUCGAGACCAAGUACACCAAGGGCCAUCUCAAGUCUGUCACGCCUCCUCCAGUGGCAUCAACUUCGUCUGUCAACGGUAGUCUCAAGCGCAGAGCCGACAGUGAGGCCGUGGCGUCCAUGGAGGAAGGUACUGCCCGCAAGCGCAAGCGGAGGCCUACUCCAACCUUCACCGACUCAGAGUCCUCUGACGAAUGCCCGUCCAUGGAUGAGGCUGCUACGAAGGAAGAACUGCGUCCAGUCAAGAAGCAGCUUAAACAACUCAAGCUGUCUGGCGGCGAUAUGCCGAGAGACGAGAAGGUUGCCAUCUUGAAGGAAUCGCUGGCUGCGAUAGGUCGUCGCAUAGAACACGUGCUCAAUACCAAGCAGGCCGCCGGAGAAGACACUGAGCGGUGGCGUAGGCAUCUAUGGACGUUUGUAACGCUGUUCUGGCCGAAGAAAGUCAAGGCGGCGAAGCUGGAGGAGAUCCACGCUAAGAUGGUGCAGAAGGAGAGUACGACGCGGGCGUCGAGCGAGCAGAGCACGGUGAAGAAGAUGCGGCCCAAUACGAGCGCGAAGAGCAACGGGCCGGUGUCCAGCAGUUCCUCGAAAGCGAACGGCAAGGCGUACCGGUCGUAACCUUGGACCUAUCCUUCCGACUUCCCUGCGUACGCUUAUAUAUGGUUCCACGUUCUCGGUCGAUUUGCUGUCGUUUGUCUCCAAUCUCGCGUUGCAAUUUACACACUGUUUUCAUUAGGCACACUUUCACCUUGUAACAUACACAGCAGUAAUAGCCUCGUCCAAUGUACUUUUAACGGGUCCGGGAAACACGGGUUCUCUUUAUUACCGGAUUAUUUGUGUGGAUCAAGGGCGUCAAGCUUCCAAUUGGAUUAUGAGCUAGUGAUACAAGAAGGCGCAAGUGCGGUGGGUGUGUACAGUAAAGCAAGCAAGGAGAUAAGUUACAGUUCCGUAUCCACAUAAUUCGCCAUAGGGUCCUCGGUCAUCUUCCUCGUCAUCCGGUACGCCUCGAGCUGCUCCUCGGUCACCUCCGCCGUCUCCGCGCCGGGGCGCUUCUUCUUCCCCGCGCGCUCGUCGUCCUCCUCGCCCCGCGUCUUGCGUUUGCGCUCCUCCUGGAUCGCGCGCGCGAGCUUCUCGCGGUCGAGCCGCACCUCGCCCUCGCCGACGCGCUCCUUCGAGAACAGGCGCUCCGCGCGGCGCUUGCGCUCGUCCUCCUCUUCUCUCGCGGCCGCGGUGGACGAUGAGGAUUCGGCGAGGGGCUGGGUGGAGGCGGGGGGCGGCAUGGAG